AAAAUAUUGGUUUACGUUGCCACCACUCGACCUAGAAGCAACCACAAACCAUCCCUUGAAAAUCGAUAAGUUUCUAACCCUCUCAAUCGCGCCAUAAAAUACAAACAAGUGAAAAUUUGACAAUCUAAAAAUAGUGUCAAGUUCGCAUGAAAAUAGCGUCUCAACCUAAUUACAAACUUCAGUAGUAAACGAAACGGCGAACUAUGAAAUACGUAAAAUUGUCACACGUUAAUGGGCUUCUAGAAAUGCCCAUGGUGGGUCUGGGCACGUGGAGGGCCCAGCCAGAGGAGAUGGAAAAGGCUUUAUGGGCCGCCUUGGACGCUGGCUAUAGACACAUUGACACUGCUUUUAAUUAUAAUACGGAGGAAACGAUCGGAAAAGUACUAAAACAGUGGUUUAGUCAGGGCAAAGGCAAGCGAGAGGAUCUAUUCAUAACGACUAAAUUACCAAAUUGUGCAAACCGGGCUUGUGACGUCGCCCGUUUCUUACAAAUGUCCCUCAAAAAACUACAAACAAAUUACGUGGACUUGUACCUAAUCCACAUGCCCUUCAGCUUCCACUUAAACGAGACAAACUUCACACCUUUGACGAACGAAGACGGUUCGUUUAGUCUCGACUACGACAGUGAUUUAAUCGCAACCUGGCAGGCGAUGGAACAACAAGUCGAUCAAGGCUUAAUCAAAGCGAUCGGUUUAUCAAACUUCAGUGGCGAACAAAUCGAACGAAUUUACACCGCUGCGCGGAUCAAACCUUCCGUUUUACAAAUCGAACUGCACGCUUACUUGCAACAAAACGAACUGCGGGCGCUUUGCCGCAAAUUGGGGAUCGCAGUGACGGCGUACGCGCCCCUGGGAAGCCCCGGCGCCAACAACCAUUUCAAUUCGAAAUACAAUUACUCGAUUCACGACUUUCCCGAUAUUUUGGGCCACCCGCUCGUGGACCAACUGGCACAAAAGUACAAUAAAACCCCAGGCCAGGUCUUGCUGCGGCACUUGAUCCAGCAGGAUAUUAUUGUGAUACCGAAAAGUGGUAAUUCGGAGCGACUCAAGUCAAACAUUGACGUGUUCGAUUUUGAGUUGAGUCGGGAGGAUAUGGAACAGUUGAAUGGACUGGAUCGGGGGGAGAAUGGGCGAAUUUUCGACUUCUUGUUUUUCAAAGGAGUGGAGAAACAUCCCGAGUAUCCAUUCAAACACCGGAUCGACGGUUGGUAGAAUUAGUAUUGUUACAAAGACAACAAUAAAUUAACUGAUACGAUACAA